AUUUCCCGCAGCCCCGGUAAAUUUCGGCCUCUACCUUCAGCUCCCGCGGUGAAUCACGACACGUGGAUGACCAACACUUACGAAUUUGCAAAGGCAUAGUAAUAAACAUGCAAGUUCUUCUCAUCAGGAUGGGCAACAGCGACUCAAGUAUAAGAGUGGUAAUUCGCGUUCGAUUUGCUUUAUGACUCGUAAAUCUAAUAGAUCAGUCCAGCGUUUCUCCUAAUCAUUAUCCUUGUGUCAACACUAUUCACAGAUUAGCAACAUCAUCUCCACAUACAAAAUGGCGAAGAAUUUGAGUACUCGUGCGGGACUGAAGUCUAAGUGGCCACUUGCGGCGGAUCUGACUGGCUCUACUCAACCCUUGCGUUUUGAAGGCGAGGUAGCUGAUGUCAUUGUGUAUGGAGAUAUUCCAACCCAAAUUGAUGGAACAUUCUAUCGCAUCUCCCUGGAUCGUUUCAUGCCUAAAGAGCACAACAUUCCUGUCGACGGCGACGGCUUGAUUUCGGCGUUUCGCAUCGAAGACGGGCAUGUUGAUUUCAAAAUUAAAUACGUGGGAACGGAACGAUAUCGGUUAGAAAGGCGCGCUCGAAAGACCCUAUUUGGCGUAUACAAGAACCCUUGGUCACAUCACCCAUGUGUUCGUGCAGCGGCGGAUUCGACGGGUAGCACCAAUGUUAUUCGGUGGGCACAGCGGUUAUUGGUGCUGGAGGAAGCCGGCAACCCCCACGAAGUCGAUCCCGACACGCUAGAGACUUUGCGUUAUGAUCCAUUCGAGGACCAAAUCAAAGCGAAGGCUUUCACUGCCCAUCCAAAGGUCGACCCAUUCACGAAAGAGCUCGUCGUGUUUGGGUAUGAAGCUAAAGGCCCAGCAACCAAGGACAUUGUCACAUGGUCUCUUGAUGAACAGGGACAGAAGAAAGAGGAGCUAUGGAUCGAAGCGCCUUGGUGUACCAUCAUACAUGAUUGCGGCAUCACCGAGAACUGGCUCAUACUAAUGAUGUGGCCCUAUGAUGUCAACAUCGAAGGCAUGAAGACUGGGGGCCCCCAUUAUACGUAUACCGCUGAUCGCCCUGCUUGCUUCAUCGUUGUUCCUCGCCGUAAAAAUCCUCCGAUUGCUGGAUGGAAAGAGGGAGAGUACCGAUUUUACAACUGGAAGCAUUGCAUGAAUAUUCAUACUGCUGGUGCAUGGGAAGACUCAAAUGGCAAUCUCUACAUUGAAACCACGCGAGUACAUGGCAACGUUUUCCCUUUCUUCCCCCCAACGGAUGGCCAAUCUGCUGGUGCUGGAGAAGCCAAAGCCGACUUUGUUCGUUGGAAGAUUGACCCGUCUCAACCAUCCGACUCUUGGUUGGAAGACCCGACCCUUAUUCUGGACCUGCCCUGCGAGUUCCCGCGAAUUGACGAGCGGCUGACGUCGAAGAAGUAUAACAUUGUGUUUUUGAACGUUUUCAUCCCUCAGAACGCAGAUGGUUCAAAGAAUGUAUUUCAAGGCUUGAAUGGCUUGGCCAUGAUCAAUACGCAGACCGGGGAGCAACAGUUUUAUUACCCUGGUGAUGACUGUUUCGCACAAGAGCCGACGUUCAUUCCUCGUAGCUCCGAUGCUGCCGAGGGAGACGGCUGGAUUAUGUCACUUAUUGAGAAUCAUGUCAGCCAAACAUCCGACCUUGUGUUCAUAGACACUCGCGAUUUUACCAAGCCAAUUGCUAUUGCUGCUCUUCCAUUUCGCAUCAAGUCGCAGGUGCAUGGGAACUGGGUUGACGCGAAAGAUCUAGGACCCCGCAAAUCACUGGUUGAUGUGCCUGCGGCCUGGCCAUUGUCCAACAAGGGAGACUUGGAGCCACUGUGAAAGAACCAGAUCAGCAAUCAAGACACAAAUACAAAUUGCUUUCGCAUCAUGUUUUGAAUGACUGUGACAGUAACCGGCUUUAUAUUUUUACCUUGAUAGAACUUUAUUGAUUGAAUCUUUAUCUUUUAAGCUUGAUAAUAAAUCCUAUAAAAAGCUCUCUUCCGGCGACUAAAGGGGAGUCUUGUCACGACCUGGAUCUUAUGGUCGCGACAAUGGGCCUACAGGGUAGUCGCUCUUAGAUAAUCGACGGACCGACCGA